AUGGUCCGCCUUGCUCACCAUGAGGGACAUUCCGACGCAAUAACGGCAGUUGCAUUCAGCCCCAACGGACAAAUGUUGGCAUCCGGAGGUUUAGAUGGACGUCUUUGUGUUUGGACUGUCAGUGACGGGGUGCUAAGGUAUGUAUUCUCCGGCAAGAGCGCCGUUUUGUCGCUUCUGUGGCUUGGUGGCGGCCGUUCAAUUGGGGAAAUGGCCUGCGGAUUGGAGAAUGGUACCAUAGUGCUCCUCCAGAUUCAGACUACUUCGAUCAAGGUGGAGGGAUUUUGGGCCCACCGCUAUCCUGUUGAGCGGCUUGCUUUCGAAGACAACCGACUAGCUUCUGGGGCUCACAAGGAGGUGAAAGUUUGGACGAGAGCACGGAACAUCACUCAGCUGAUUUGUUUUGUUACAGGCUCGUGGCGCCACACUGCUACGCUGGAAACUCCUCCCAGCAGCGCCUACACUACGUCGCAUCGUGUUAUUGUUACAAGUCUUCACUGGACACACGAUGCUAAGCGACGUUCAGUACUGUUGGUCACGUAUAUGAGCCACGGGGUAGUAGCAUUUGACACUCGCGGCUGGACCCGUGUGGGAUCAACACCUCUCCCAGGAUGCAUCGCCAACGCCCAUCUGAACGUCCAUGGUGAUUUAUUGGCUGUGUCCAAUUUAUUGACAGGUUUCGAGUUCUUCUCGAUGCCAAAACCUGGGGAGGUCCGACCUCUAUUCUCAGUAAGACAAGAUGCCAGCUCUGGGCGAUGUAUUCCUGUUCAGUUCGUACACGGCGGAGGUGCCAUACUUGGUGGCGCGUUCAAAGGCAAAGUAUGCAUUUGGGACAUCCACUCCCGGUUGAAACAGCCUUUAGCCUUCCAAGGUCAGAGUAUCCCAUUCUUGAGCAAUAUGCAGCCGGCUCAUUUUCUCUCUAACAGACAAUGUUUCAGUCCUGGCCAUUGA